UGCCGUAAACAGUUCACACGAAGAAGUGUCCGGAUGUGACUGCUUGUAAACACGCUGCGAGCCCAGUCUCAAGUCGUGUGUAAUGCUUCUUGCUCACCGUUUGACUGCACAUCUCGUGAACGGCCGGUGACCUACUUUGCGACAUGGUGCAGCUGCACGUGAAGCGCGGGGACGAGAGCCAGUUUCUUUUCAACACGGCUGUGGACUCGCCUCUGGAGACGGUGAUCCAGCAAAUUACAGCCAUCUACAACGGGAGACUCAAAGUGGACCGAAUAUGUGCAGAGAUCCUGGAGCUGGCCGACCACGGCGUCACGCUGCCACCCAACAUGCAGGGGCUGACGGAGGAGCAGGUUGUGGAGCUGAAACUCAAGGACGAAUGGGAGGACAGGUGUGUGCCCAGCAACGGGCCGGUAUUCAAGGUGGACGAGAUGGGGAGGAGGAACGGACACGCUCCAAAUGAUAAAAUGAAGCAGAUUUUGUUGAGAACCGUUGAGGACGCAAAGGCCCUGAUCUCUAAAAAACAAGUUGAAGCCAAUGUUUGUUUCACCGUGGAGAUGGUAACGGAAGCCUUGGAUCCGCUAAGGGGUGCAGUCAUGAUUGUGUACCCCAUGGGCCUGCCGCCCCAUGACCCCAUCAGGAUGGAGUUUGAGAACCAAGAAGACCUUUCAGGAACGCAGGCGUCUCUGCAGGUGAUCACAGAGGACGAGUGCCAGCUAUGGUGGGCUGGCAAAGAGAUGCAGAGGGGGAAAAAACUGCAAGACUACAUUGGCAAAAAUGAAAAGACAAAGCUUGUGGUGAAAAUCCAAAAGAAAGGGCAAGGGCAACCAGCGAGGGAGCCUCUGAUCACCGACGAGCAGCAGAAACAAAUGAUGAUGCAUCAAUACAGGAGGCAGGAGGAGCUCAAGAAACUGGAGGAGGCGGACGAUGAUAGCUACCUGGACUCGGAGUGGUCAGACAGACAGGCCCUCAGAAAACAGUUUCAAGGCCUCACCAACAUCAAAUGGGGGCCGAGAUGAACCCGUGUGCCACUCUGCCAGAAGGUUGUUUCCAGCUCCUUAUGCAACAGACUAAGCAGCCUUAUCACAGUCCUGAAAUAGUUUUAUAAUGAAUUUUCAUGGCGCUUAAGAAAAAAUGACACAGGGCACAUGUGUUUAAAUGCCUUGUAGAGGAUGUGUUUCUAGACUAGCAUUCAAAUAGUAUCUUCAACUAAACUCAAAUUGGAGGAAGACAUCGAGAGAUGUUGAAAGAAAGAUGGACAAUUUAUGUAACCUUACAUCUGAUCCCUGUAUUUCUUUACUUUCAACCAGUUCCAUUUUUAUUGAAGCUGUGCAAACGGAAGUUAACUUUUUUUUAAAAACUUUUUCCAGUAUGACUUAUCUGAAUAAAAUUUUAAUGUUGCAGACAAUCAGAGGUAGUGAUUCA